CUGAUUAUUGGUAGAAGCCCUGGUAGAAGCAUAUGUGUCGUGUAAGAUGGUCACGUAACUCCAAGAUGGCGGAAGCAAGUGGAGGGGAGAGCAGUUCUUUUGCUGGUCCAUCGACGUCGGAUGAUAAAGGCGAUGACGUUGCUAGCUCAGAAUCCCAAAAGGAAAAGCCCACUUGUAUUUUGUGCCUCGGUAUGGCUGGAUCUGGAAAGACUACGUUUGUACAGAGACUCACAGCACACUUGUAUGCCAGGAAAGAGACACCUUAUGUGGUAAACCUUGAUCCAGCUGUUAAGGAGGUGCCAUAUCCUGUAAACAUUGACAUCAGAGAUUCUGUCAAUUAUAAGGAAGUCAUGAAACAGUACAAACUGGGUCCGAAUGGGGGAAUUGUAACAUCUCUGAAUCUGUUUGCAACACGAUUUGAUCAGGUCAUGAGCUUCUUGGACAAGAAACGUUCAUCUGAUUUCAAGUUUGCUAUUUUUGACACACCAGGUCAGAUAGAGGUGUUCACAUGGUCUGCAUCAGGAGCCAUAAUAACUGAAGCACUGGCAUCUUCCUUUGCAACAGUCGUAGUGUACAUAAUUGACACAGCCAGGAGCACAAGUCCUGUCACAUUCAUGUCAAACAUGCUGUAUGCAUGCAGUAUUCUCUACAAGACCAAGUUACCUUUUAUAGUUGUUCUGAACAAGACUGAUAUAGUUGAUCAUAACUUUGCUGUUGAGUGGAUGCAGGAUUUUGAAGUUUUUGAGGAGGCAUUGUCUCAAGACACAACUUACAUGUCCAGUUUGACAAGGUCAAUGAGUCUGGUUCUUGAUGAGUUCUACCAGAAUCUGCGAACAGUGGGUGUGUCAUCUAUGACGGGGGCUGGCUUUGACGAGCUCUUAAAGGCAGUUGAUGAUGCUGUUGUCGAAUUUGAGACCCAAUACAAACCAGAAUACGAAAGACUGAAGAAAGACAAAGAAGAAAAAGCGAAAAAAGAAAAAGAUGAUCAGCUGAAGAAGUUGAAGAAAGAUCUGGGUCAAGGAAAGCCUGUUGCCAUGGAAACGGCUCAAAGUGGUGCCCAGACCUUUGAGUCCGUGCAUGCAACUCCCUUCCACAUCUCGCUUGGUGCGGAUUUAGACAGUGACGAUGAGGAGGAAAGAGAUGAAGACUGGGACGAGGAGGAAAUGAAAGAGCAUGAAUCGUUCAAGAGAUUCUUAGAGAAGGAGAAACAAAAGGGACAGGCUACUAAAAAGGAAGAAAGUGGAUAGUUUUUAAGUUAAAUGAACUACAAACGUCGUGCAUAAAUGGUGGAAAGAGUGUACCAUUAUGUAGCCAAUUUACGUAUAAAUACACUUGUACUCGUAGAACAAUGAAUUCUAGACGCUAUAAUUUAGACUGUUUUAUUUUACGUGAUUCCAUUUCAUAUAAACUGCCUUAGACUCAUAUUAAAACGCUAAACAAUGGACACAUUUGCUUGAACGAUACAAGAGAAAUUCCCCGGGCAGGAAUUCAAAGAGGAAUGCAGACGGUUAGAUAAGAUGGAAAAUUUUAGUGAUUUUUCAUUAUGGAGCGUAGAUAAUAUAGGCAAAGCAUUCCGGCCAUGGGCUAAUGCCUGGAAUAUUUAAAAUGGCGGUUAAAAAGAGCUGUUUGAUGAUAUAUUAAGUUAUGCGAGGAGUUAAACGUCACGUUCAAAUCGGAAAAAACUCCCGAUUUAAUAAGUUACUCAGAUAAAAGGAAACGUGACAAUAAAUGAGAGACGAGCGAACAAGAUUGCGAUGGAUUUCUGAAUGACGAAUGUCAGAUUUUUAUUAGCUACACGUGAGAGUCGUCAGACAGCUCUCGUUAUUUACCAAGUUGAAGACAAGUUUAGUGUUUUGUAUUGCACCGACGGAGCAAAGCAGUUUUCAUUUGAAACUGAAAAUAACAGCUCAUCAAUGUUAGUAUUGCAUCCUUUCUCCUCCUUUCUGUCGUGUCUCUGAAGUUUUAUCGUUCAAUGAACUAAAAAUAACUCCUUGACCCAAGUCCAUCAUUUAAUCUUCUUACUACGUUAAGAAGCGGAAAGUGUAGGUUAAGAAAUUAUUUGCCUUCAAUGCAGACGUGCUGUCAAAACACAUUCCUUUCAUGGUUAUGGCAAACGAGGAAACAUUUUAUAAAUAUUAAUGCAUCAAUCAGGCCACUUUGCCCCAAACUCUAAACGUUACGACCGUUUGCUGUACGAUGUGCCUUCUUCUCCACUGUAAAUACACAAAUAAACUUUAUUUCCUCCCAAA